CCCGGGCCGGCACCGCCGCCUCCUGCGUCACUUCCGCCCGCGCCGGCCAGACCGCGCCUGCGCACCGCGGCUUCCUCUCCGCGUCGGCGCCGGCGGAAGAUGGCCAAGCGCACCAAGAAGGUCGGGAUCGUGGGUAAAUAUGGGACCCGUUACGGUGCAUCCCUUAGGAAAAUGGUGAAGAAGAUUGAAAUCAGCCAGCAUGCAAAGUAUACCUGCUCCUUCUGCGGCAAGACCAAAAUGAAGAGGAAGGCUGUGGGUAUCUGGCACUGCGGAUCCUGCAUGAAGACAGUUGCUGGUGGUGCCUGGACUUACAAUACCACCUCUGCAGUGACAGUCAAAUCUGCCAUCAGAAGACUGAAGGAAUUGAAAGACCAGUAGAAGCUACUUCCUCUUCUCCGUGUGAAACAUCCUUUUUUCUCCACUGUCGAGAUCUAUCCUUUUAUCAAUAAAAGGGUGAUGAUGGAGUAGAAUAA